AUGACUAAUAUAAAAAUUAUUUCAUAUCAAAUACCUACUGAUUGCGGCCAUGAUUACAAACAGUAUAUAAUAUGUCCUUAUACACCGGGAGGUGAAGACGUCCAAGCGGGUAGUGUGCUUCUACCCGCUACACGACGCGGUAGAUACCUCGCUAAUAUAGUCAGGAGACAAGCUGUGGAUGGUACCGGUAUAAAAUUCAACAAGGAUGCAGAUCGGAUAAACGCAGAAGCAAAGAAGAAAGUCGACGUACUAUCAGAAGAGUUACUACCAUAUAUAAUAGCGGAACAAGAACGUCGUACGACAUUAUAUCGCCGUAUCAUGACUGCGAUACAGAAUGGAGAGAAAGGUGUUACUAUAGCUGAGAUUAGAAAUAAACCUCCUCUUAUUAUACGUAAAGGUCUUAUGUACCGUUGUCCAGCAAAUCGUGCCCCCAAAGAACCGGACGGUACUGGAAUAUUGAUGUGUGAAGACGAUAUAGAACCGGCUCAAGUUAUGUACGACUCAUGUCUCAGCGCAGAGGAUAAAGACCUUUACGUCGCUGAGAAUAAAUAUUUCUUUUGUAAUAGGCAUAAGAUAGAAGGACCAGAUCUCCCGCGGAACGGCUCAACUGUGAUUGGCUGCGCGCCCAUAGAGCGCACCUCACUCAACUACACUAGCGCCAAAUGUGCGUUAGAGGAUACUGACGAUGUUGUAGUACAUUACAGAUAUUAUCCGGAUAGGACGUACAAAUUCGUAACCGAAUUAGACCCGGACCACGAGGUCUGUGAUCACUGGAACCCUUGUCAGAUUGGAUAUAUCUAUUCCUUACCUUCACCAGACCAAGCGGUGCAGGCUAAUGAAUUAUGGCUUUUUUUAGAGGAUAGUUUAGAAGAAUGGGUUCCACCAACUGCUAGGAACUACACAAGUAGUGCUCGCAAGAUAAUUAUACCGGAAGGCUAUGAAUUCCAUCGCAUCAAACAUUCCAAUCUACUGAGAAACUCGGGAACUUCUGUGUUACCAGCUAAAUACUACACCGCGAAUGUAUCAGGCAACACUGUUACGAUUACAUUAAACUUUCCCACCUGGUCCAAUACUCAUGUAGGACCAUUCUUCGCCAGUUUUAUCAAACCCGGAACAAAAAGGGAGAAGGUUCUAAAAUUUUUGACCUUAUCUUCAAGUGGCAUGACUAUAACACCAAAAUCAAUAGAAUUGCUUCACGGACAGCGUGUUAAUAGUACAGUUGUACCUUUUAAAUGCAAUCGCUGUAGACUGUUGAAUCUGAUGGUGCGAGCAUCUGACGGCAACGUCUACAAUGUUGACAGCUCUAGGCAUAGAGUUAAAGAGUUUAUUGACAGAGAAGGCAAGCCGCGACAAUUUCUCGAGAUAGAUCUAGAAGGUAUGAAGCCCCAGGACUUUGGUGAUUACUUCCUUGUGAUCCAGAAUGGUGAUGGUCUCGAAGAGAGAGUUAAAGGUCUCACAGUGUUAUCUCCAGAAAACGGUAAUUACGGCUUCGAUUUAUAA